CGCCCCCUGGCGGCCCCGACGCCGCCGCCACCACGGCUCCCACAAUGCUCGCGCAGCCCGGCUUCGGGCUCCAGCGGCGGCGGCUCCAAAAUGGCGCAGACGAUCUUCGAGGCCCUGGAGGGAAUGGACAAUCAGACUGUCCUAGCUGUCCAGUCACUGUUGGAUGGCCAAGGAGCAGUUUCUGAUCCAACAGGCCAGAGCGUCAAUGCACCCCCUGCUAUCCAGCCACUGGAUGAUGAGGAUGUCUUUCUCUGCGGGAAGUGUAAGAAGCAGUUCAACUCACUGCCGGCGUUUAUGACCCACAAGCGGGAACAGUGCCAGGGGAGUGCCCCACCCCUGGCCACAGUCUCCCUGGCUACCAACAGCAUCUACACACCUUCGGCAGCACCCACAGCAGUCCAGCAGGCCCCGCCUCCUGCCAAUCGCCAGAUCUCCACGUACAUUACCGUGCCCCCAUCCCCACUGAUCCAGACCCUGGUGCAGGGGAACAUCUUGGUAAGCGAUGACGUGCUCAUGUCUGCCAUGUCGGCCUUCACGUCCCUGGACCAGCCCAUGCCCCAGGGCCCCCCGCCUGUGCAGAGUAGCCUGAACAUGCAUUCCGCGCCGAGCUACCUCACCCAGCCUCCACCUCCUCCUCCACCCCCUCCACCACUGCCUCCACCUCCACCCCCCCAACCUCCACCACCCCCAUCCCAGAGCCUGGGUCCCCCCGGGCGUCCCAACCCCGGCGGGAAUGGCGUGGUGGAGGUGUAUAGUGCCACAGCACCCCUGACUGGGAGUGGAACGGUGGAGAUCCAGGCAUUGGGAAUGCAGCCCUACCCACCCUUGGAGGAGAGAGCAUGGGCAGGUGUAGGAAUGGUUCCAAGGCCCGACAGACAAGACCCGGCAGAAGCACCUACUGGUGCCAUAUUAGAUGCCCAGUACGUGCCAAACCAGUGUGUGGAGGCUCCAGUAUACCCCACCCCCCAGGUGUACAGCCCCGGCAAACAAGGAUUCAAACCGAAAGGACCAAACCCUGCUGCCCCCAUGACCAGUGCCACCAGGGGCGCAGUGGCCACCUUUGACUCCCCACCAUCGCUGAAGACCCGACGGACCAAAGGUUCCAGUGGACUCCCAGAAGCUGCAGGGAAGCCAAAGGCUCAGAAACUCAAGUGCUCGUAUUGUGACAAGUCAUUCACCAAAAACUUCGACCUGCAGCAGCACAUCCGAAGCCACACUGGUGAGAAGCCCUUCCAGUGCAUUGCAUGUGGCCGUGCCUUUGCCCAGAAGUCUAAUGUCAAGAAACACAUGCAGACCCACAAGGUGUGGCCUCCAGGACGCAGCGGUGGCACCGUUUCUCGCAACUCUGUGACUGUACAGGUCAUGGCCCUGAACCCCAGCAGGCAGGAGGAUGAGGAUAGCACAGGGUUGGGCCAGACCCUGUCGAGUGCCCCGCAGCCCCAGGCCUUGCCCACAGCAGGCGAGGAGGAGGGGGACAAGCUGGAGGCCAAGCAGGUGGUCCUCAUCGAUAGCUCCUACCUGUGUCAGUUCUGCCCCAGCAAGUUCAGUACCUACUUCCAGCUCAAGUCCCACAUGACCCAGCAUAAGAAUGAGCAGGUGUACAAGUGUGUGGUCAAAAGCUGCGCGCAGACAUUCCCAAAGCUCGACACUUUUCUGGAGCACAUCAAGAGCCACCAGGAGGAGCUGAGCUACCGUUGCCACCUCUGUGGCAAGGACUUCCCCUCGCUGUACGACCUGGGUGUGCAUCAGUACUCACACAGCCUCCUGCCCCAGCACAGCCCCAAGAAGGACAGUGCCGUCUACAAGUGUGUCAAAUGCGUCAACAAGUACUCCACCCCGGAGGCACUGGAGCACCACCUGCAGACCGCCACUCACAACUUCCCCUGCCCGCACUGCCAAAAGGUGUUUCCUUGUGAACGCUACCUGCGGCGUCACCUGCCCACCCAUGGCAGCGGGGGCAGGUUCAAGUGCCAGGUGUGCAAGAAGUUCUUCCGGCGGGAGCACUACCUCAAACUGCACGCUCACAUCCACUCAGGUGAGAAGCCCUACAAGUGCUCAGUGUGUGAGUCCGCGUUCAACCGCAAGGACAAACUGAAGAGACACAUGUUGAUCCAUGAGCCAUUCAAGAAAUACAAAUGCCCCUUCUCGACACACACGGGCUGCAGUAAGGAGUUCAACCGGCCAGACAAGCUGAAGGCUCAUAUCCUUUCCCACUCCGGCAUGAAGCUCCACAAGUGCGCCCUGUGCAGCAAGUCCUUCAGUCGCCGUGCCCACCUCGCCGAGCACCAGCGCGCCCACACAGGCAACUACAAGUUCCGCUGUGCCGGCUGCGCCAAGGGCUUUUCCCGCCACAAGUACCUCAAGGACCACCGCUGCCGCCUCGGCCCCCAAAAGGACAAGGAUCUGCAAGCGCGGCGGCCCCCCCGGAGGAGGGCAGCCCCCCGCAGCGGCAGCACUGGUGGCCGCAAGGUGGUGACUCCCCUGCCUGACCCACUGGGGCUGGAGGAGCUGAAGGACACAGGGCCUGGGCCAGUGCCCGAGGCCGCCCCAGGCAAGCCACCCUUCUCGGAGCCAGAUGCCGUGCUGUCCAUCGUAGUGGGUGGGACAGUGGGGGGUGAACCCGAGCUGGUGGUGCCCGGGCAUGCCGAGGGCCUGGGCUCCAACCUGGCCCUGGCGGAGCUGCAGGCAGGGGCCGAGGGCCCGUGUGCCAUGCUUGCUGUGCCUGUCUACAUCCAGGCCUCGGAGUGAUGGACCCAUUGUGUUUGUUCCUGCAUCCUGCCUGAUGCUCACCUUUGGGUCCGGGGCCUCUAGGAGCAGACUAGAGAUCCUUCCCAGUGGAAGUGAGCCAUUGGUCAAAAUCCUUUUGGAACAUGCUCUGUAAACCCUGGCCCAAGGUCGCCUCGCUGGGCCCCCUGUCCUGCUGGGAAGCCCUGCAGCAUUCUGGGAUCUGAGGCAGCUGAGCCUGAAUGGCCCAGGGUCUGGCUGGUCCAGGCUGGUGGUCAGGCUGCCUGAGAGAGAAGACAGGGGAGUCCCACCCACCCCUCCUCCAGGCUGCCUAGGGGCAGUCUCUAGUUAAGCUGCUCUUCAGGGACCUGAUAUGGUUGGAGCCCUUACCUGUUAAACCUUUUCACAUGCAGUUCUCCCAGCAUCCCCAGACGACUCUGAUGUAGGCAUAUAGGAGGCACUCGAGUGUUGUGGUUAGAGUUCAUCUGUGAGCCAGAUCUGGAUUCAGAUCCAAGCGCUGACACUUACUUACUGUGUGACCUUGGGUAAGUCACUUCACCUCUUUGAGCCCCACAUUCCUCAUCUGUACAAUGGGGCUUAUGACAGUACUACCUCAUAGGGCUGUCAUUGGGAUACAGUAUGAUGAAAUGUACAAAGAGUUUGGCAUAGAGUUUGGCAUAGUGCCCGGCACUCAAAAAGUGCUCAAUAAAUGUUUUUAUCAACAUG